CUGCGAGUUCAGUCAUCCAAAAAAGCUUCUUCCAUAUGGAGGGACCGAGUGCGCCCGGCGCGGCGUCCCCUGCCUUGUCCUGCUGCCGCCGCCGCCGCCGCGGGCCCCGCUUCCUGCCGCGGGGACCCUGAGCCCGGCCCGCGGUGUCAGCCGCGCGCGCGCACACACACAAGCGCGCACACACACACACACUCACACUCACACACACUCACAAUCACGCCCGCCGCAGCCGCACGCGCCCGCACGCGCCCUCGCUCCCGGCCCGCACUCCGGGCUCCUUUGUUGCUCCCGCCGCGGCCGCUCUCCGGUGCUGCGCGUUGCUGCGUGUCACUGUGCGGGUUGCGUGUCCGCGCGGUGCGGUGCUGUGGGGCUCUCUCCGCGCUCACCACGCUGGCCCCGGGCCGGCUCUCCCUUCCCAGGAGCCGGCUGCACCAGAGCAAGGAGCCAGGUAACUGGAGAUUGAAGGAAGCCUCUGAUCUUAGAAAAACUGCUUUUUCUUUGUUUUCUUGUGCGUAAAAUGGAUUAACAAGGAAUCACCCCGUCCCAGCACAAGCUUCCUGAAACCCAUGACCCAUGAAGUCUUGUCGACGCUCACACCGGCUGAUGGCAGCAGCAACGAAAUAGAAGAAACAGAGUGCUGUAGAGGAUUGCAGAAUCUCUGGGAGUGACUGGUGGCUUAUGGGACGUUGGCUUCGGACCCUUUGUCACACACCUGCCGCGUGGGACGAUGACGACUCAGAGAGGAAGGAGGCCCGCAGUCACGCUCACCUGCCUCCUCUUGGCCACAGCCGGCUGUUUCGCUGACCUGAACAAGGUGCCUCAGGUCAGCGUGCAGCCUCCCUCCACGGUCCAGAAGCUCGGGGGAACUGUGAUCCUGGGCUGCGUGGUGGAGCCGCCGGGGAUGAGCACCACCUGGCGCCUGAACGGGAGGGAGCUGAACGGUUCCGAUGAUGCCCUGGGCGUCCUCAUCUCCCGCGGGACGCUCGUCAUCACCGCCCUCAGCAACCGCACCGUGGGACGGUACCAGUGUGUAGCCCGGAUGCCUGCGGGGGCCGUGGCCAGCGUGCCAGCCACGGUGACACUAGCCAAUCUCCAGGACUUCAAGUUAGACGUGCAGCAUGUGAUUGAAGUAGAUGAGGGGAACACGGCGGUCAUUGCCUGCCACCUUCCUGAGAGCCACCCAAAAGCCCAGGUCCGAUACAGUGUCAAACAAGAGUGGCUGGAGGCAUCCAGAGGUAACUACCUGAUCAUGCCGUCAGGGAACCUCCAGAUCGUGAACGCCAGCCAGGAGGACGAGGGGAUGUACAAGUGCGCUGCCUACAACCCGGUCACCCAAGAAGUGAAGACCUCGGGCUCCAGUGACCGGCUGCGCGUGCGCCGCUCCACAGCCGAGGCCGCCCGCAUCAUCUAUCCGCCAGAGGCCCAGACCAUCAUCGUCACGAAAGGCCACAGUCUCAUCCUGGAGUGUGUGGCCAGUGGGAUCCCGCCUCCGCGGGUCACCUGGGCCAAGGACGGGUCCAGUGUCUCCGGUUAUAACAAGACGCGCUUCCUGCUGAGCAACCUCCUCAUCGACACCACCAGCGAGGAGGACUCGGGGACCUACCGCUGCAUGGCCGACAACGGGGUCGGGGAGCCCGGGGCGGCGGCCAUUCUCUACAACGUCCAGGUGUUUGAACCCCCCGAGGUCACUGUGGAGCUGUCCCAGCUGGUCAUCCCGUGGGGCCAGAGUGCCAAGCUCACCUGUGAGGUGCGCGGGAACCCCCCGCCCUCAGUGCUGUGGCUGAGGAACGCCGUGCCCCUCACCCCCAGCCAGCGCCUCCGACUGUCGCGUAGGGCCCUGCGCGUGGUCAGCGUGGGGCCUGAGGACGAGGGCGUCUACCAGUGCAUGGCCGAGAACGAAGUUGGCAGUGCCCACGCCGUGGUCCAGCUGAGGACCGCCAGGCCAGGCACAACCCUGAGGCCAUGGCCCGAUGCUAGGCUGGACACUGCCACACCUCCCGUGCCACCCUCCAGACCAAGAAGCCCCGACCAGAUACUGAGGGGGCACCCAGGGCUCCCAAGGCCUCCAACGUCGGUGCAGCCGGCUUCCCCGCAGUGCCCUGGAGAGAAAGGGCCGGUGGCGCCCGCCGAGGCACCCGUCAUCCUCAGCUCACCCAGGACCUCCAAGACUGACUCUUACGAGCUCGUGUGGCGGCCUCGGCAUGAGGGUGGCAGCCGGGCACCGAUCCUCUACUAUGAGGUGAAACACCGUAAGCAGGUCACAAACACCUCUGAUGAUUGGACCGUCUCUGGCAUCCCAGCCAACCAGCACCGCCUGACCCUCACCAGACUGGACCCCGGGAGCUUAUAUGAAGUGGAGAUGGCAGCUUACAACUGUGCAGGCGAAGGCCAGACAGCCAUGGUCACCUUCCGAACGGGACGGCGGCCCAAACCUGAAAUCAUGGCCAGCAAGGAGCAGCAGAUCCAGAGAGAUGACCCUGGAGCCAGCCCCCAGAGCAGCAGCCAGCCAGACCACGGCCGCCUCUCCCCCCCAGAAGCUCCAGACAGGCCCACCAUCUCCAUGGCCUCAGAGACAUCGGUGUUUGUAACCUGGAUCCCCCGUGGGAAUGGUGGGUUCCCAAUCCAGUCCUUCCGUGUGGAAUACAAGAAGCUGAAGAAAGUGGGGGACUGGAUGCUAGCCACCAGCGCCAUCCCUCCGUCCAGGCUCUCAGUGGAGAUCACAGGCCUAGAGAAAGGAACUUCCUACAAGUUCCGAGUCCGGGCUCUGAACAUGCUGGGGGAGAGCGAGCCCAGCGCCCCCUCCCAGCCGUACGUGGUGUCGGGCUAUAGCGGCCGCCUCUAUGAGCGGCCCGUGGCGGGCCCGUACAUCACCUUCACCGACGCCGUCAAUGAGACCACCAUCAUGCUCAAGUGGAUGUAUAUCCCAGCAAGUAAUAACAACACCCCCAUCCAUGGCUUCUACAUCUAUUACCGGCCCACGGACAGUGACAACGACAGUGACUACAAGAAGGACAUGGUGGAGGGGGAUAGAUAUUGGCACUCCAUCAACCACCUGCAGCCGGAGACCUCCUAUGACAUUAAGAUGCAGUGCUUUAAUGAGGGCGGCGAGAGUGAGUUCAGCAACGUGAUGAUCUGUGAAACCAAAGAUGGCUUGCUACAUGACGGCUACAAAGAACUUGGGAACUCACUCCUACAUGAGCUCAUGGAGUGGAACCCGUUCUUAGCUCGGAAGUCUGGUCAUCCUGGCGGACUCCCACCCCCAACUCUGGCUCCACCUCAGCCACCACCCCCUGAAACCAUGGAGCGGCCGGUGGGCACGGGGGCCAUGGUGGCACGCUCCAGCGACCUGCCCUACCUGAUUGUGGGGGUCGUCCUGGGCUCCAUCGUCCUCAUCAUCGUCGCCUUCAUCCCCUUCUGCUUGUGGAGGGCCUGGUCCAAGCAGAAACAUACAACAGACCUGGGUUUUCCUCGAAGUACCUUGCUGUCCUCCUCCUGCCAGUACACUAUGGUGCCGCUGGGAGGACCUCCCAGCCACCGAGCCCACGGGCAGCCGUACCUCAGUGGCACCAAUGGACGGGCCUGUGCCAAUGGGGGGCAUGUGAACAGGGGCUGCCCUGCGCCUGCCAUGGGCCACCCAGGCGUGAAGCCUCCCCAGCAGUGUCCCGGGGCACGGCCGCAGCAGGACGACACCAACCACCUCCGGAGGCAGGCCGCUCCUGGCGAUGGGCAUGGCGCCCACAGUGCCCCGCCUCCCAGGGGAGCCAAGGCCAACCCAGACGAGGCCUCUUUCCUGUACACACUGCCUGGUGCCUCAACGCACCAGCGGCUGCAGACCCACCAGGACCGCCACCCCCUCCAGGAGCAGCCUGCUCCAUCCAGCCAGUCCGGGAUGAGGCGAGGACCUCAGAAUCCGGGGAUGGAAGCGACAUGGGACCCUCUUUUUCACCCAGGGCCCCCGUGCUGCUUGGGCCUGGCACCGGUUGAAGAAGUGGACAGUCCUGACACUUGCCAAAUGGGUGGAGGAGAGUGGUGCCCCCAUCACCCCACGGGGACCCACGGAGGACAGGAGCCCGGGAGGCAGCUCUCCCCCAGCCCACCAGUGCACAUAUCUUUUGAAACACCACCCCCCAUCAUUUAGGCAGAAGCCAGUAUUCCAGAAAGACUAUUAUCGUUUUUAAAGAGACAGAGGAAAUUGGUAUUUAUUUUUCUAUAAUAGCCAUAUUUAUAUAUUUAUGCACUUGUAAAUAAAUGUAUAUGUGUUGUUAUAAUUCUGGAAAGACAUAGGGACUCCUACCCAUGGAGGUAUGAGAGGUUAAACAAAGAAGCCACCACAUACCAGGAGCAAACCAGGAAAGAGGAACACGGACCGGCCAGCACCCAGACCGAGGAGGCGGCUCAGAACCUCUGCCCCGGCCCGGGAGGCUGCAGAGGCCCAGAGAGCAGCCGCCCGAGGGAGGACUCCCGCUCACUGUGCGUGAGGAGCGCGCGGGUAACACAGAGGCCAGGGGCGCACAGGCUGCAGACACCUGUGAGGACGGCCAGCUCUGGUGCUACAGGCAAGGUCUCCAGAAGACGCCCGUGAGAACAGACUCAGAUGUGUAUAGUACUAUAAGCAUUAACAGACCUUCCAGAAUCAAUAAUCCGCGGCAACAUCGCUCUGUAAAAACAAACACUGUAACUUCUAAAUAAAUGUUUAGUCUUCCCUGUAA